AUUGUACCACUAAUCUUCUCAAUAUUUAACUGAAGAAGUCACUGACUGGAGGAACUUUUCCUCAGUGAAGAUUCCUUAAUCUUACAAAUUUUCUCAUUCUUCAACUUGUCGGGUUUUUUUUUAAACCAUUUCCAUUACAACCGAGGUCAUUACCAUAGGUUUGAUCUAAGGGAAAGACAGCCCCAACUCCUUGGAUCAAGAACCCUUCACAGGGAUCAACGCACCGCCCCUUGAAAGGCGUAAAAGAAAAAAAAAUCCCAAGAUUCCUCCCGGUCGGCCAUAAUGACCUGGUAAGACCCCACCCAGACAUUACUUUCACUCACAGAGAUGGAGGUACCACAUAAUGCAGCGGUAUUCACCUCUCAACCACAAAGACCUUAGUCUGGUUCUAGUCAGGCAGACUUAUGGAGAAAUAAUUGAAGACAAUGAAUCCACAGCUUGUGUUUAGCACUAGCCAGAUAUUCACAAAAUGUUAUAUACCAGAAAGAAAGAAUUCACCUGUGAACAUUGUGGAAAGGUUUUCUCUCAGAAAUGCAGGUUAAAUACUCAUAUGCUAGUGCACAAUGGGGAAAAGAAUUUUAAGUGUACAUUGUGUGACAAGCAGUUUACUCAGAAGGGGCACCUUCAAACCCACUUGCUUCAACAUAGUGGUGAAAAAAAGUUCUCAUGUGAAGUUUGUGGCAAACUCUUUUCUCAGAAGUCUCACGUAGUUGUCCAUAUGACUGUACACACUGGAGAAAAGAAGUUUUGUUGUAAUACAUGUGGUAAAUUUUUUGCUCAGAGCAGUGGGCUUAGAAAACACAGCCUCUCCCACAGUGGAGAGAAGCGCUUUAAAUGUGAUUUAUGUGGUAAAUUGUAUGCUCAAAAGUGGAUUCUCAGAAAACAUGCCAUUGUUCAUCAAGCCGAGAAAAGGUUCAAGUGUGGCGAGUGUGGCAAGCAGUUUGGCUUGAAGUUCAGUUUAGAAAAACAUUUAAAAGUUCACAGUAGUGUGAAGGAGUUAAUCUGUGAGGUCUGUGGCCAAGAAUUCACAGAAAAGAAAGGCCUUACUAAACACAUGAUUAUUCACAGGGGCGGACAUACUUGCGAGGAAUGUGGAAAAUUAUUUUCAUGUAAAAAGUCUCUCAGUACACACAUAGCAGCACAUAAUGGAAUAAAAAGGUUUAAAUGUGAGUAUUGUAGCAAACUCUUCACUCAGAAAAACAAUCUUAGAAAACAUAUACUUACACACACGCCCAAAAAAAAAUUUAGAUGCGAAACAUGUGAUAAAGUCUUUUCCCAGAAGUUUAAUCUUUAUAAGCACAUAAAUCUGCACAUGAGAGAAAAAAAAUUUAACUGUGAAGAAUGUGGCAAACUAUUUUUUAACAAACGCAAUCUCACGACCCACUUGCAAAUCCACAAUGGAAAAACAUUUAGUUGUGAAAAAUGCAGUAAACAAUUUUCUCAAAAGAAGAAUUUGAAAUCGCAUAUGCUUGUCCACACCAGAGUGUACAAGUUUGGAUGUGAAGUAUGUGGUAGAACAUUUAAAUGGAAAAGAAACCUUAUCAGGCAUGUUCUGGUGCACAAGGGUAGCAUACCUGAUAAUAUCCUUCAGCAUCCCUCACUAGAAUACCCAACACAGCAGACUGAAGGUCACAAGGAAGUACUGAUUGAUAUAAACAGUCUUGUGAUGAGUAGUACUGAGAGGAGCCUUUCUUAAUAUGGAAACAGUUGCAGAGGUUUAACAACUUAAGAGAAUCAGUAAUUAUAUAAGGUUAAUUGCAUUGCAGAAAGUUUGGUUAACAUGGUAUACACAUUAUGAGGAUAUUCAUCCUUUGUGAGGUGCUAUUAAUAUUGUGGCAGGCUCCACAUACUACAAAAUUGUGAUGAUUAAUAUAUUCACAGGCUGUUCUAAACCCAAAACAGUGCUGUAUGACCCUUCUGGGUUUAGUGCUUAGUUAUGAUUAUAAUAAUAAUCUAAACUCAUAGAGGUCAUAUAGUGCCGGGGGAAUGCGAGGUAAUCGGGUUUGAUCCAAGGAAGUUAGCUCCAGUUGCUUAGUUCAAGAGCUUCUUACCAACAUCAAGGCACCUAUACUGGAGGAUCUGUAUUAUGUGUAAUGUUAAUAUUACUGAAGGCAUCAGCUGCCAAAAGUAUAAUUCUGUUCAAUUCUGUGUACUGUACAGAGGCAGUGGUAUUGCAGACUAUCUGACUAGAUGACUUUUUUUCAUCUGCAGGUUUUCCUUACACAUUGUACAGCUGUCAAAUGAAUGAUAAUGAUUGUUUCCUUCUUUGUAUCACUGGCUCUGGACAUUUGGCUGGCAGACACUUUGCCAAUGGACAUUUCACCGAAGGACAUUUAACCAAACAGACAUUUCACCGAAGGACAUUUAACCAAACAGACAUUUCACCGACAAACAUUUCGUCAAGUGGACAUACGGCUGAACUGGCAUUCAUCACCUUACCCUACCUUACCUAAUUAUCCGUUCUGUCUAUUGUGCAUUCGGCCAAAUGGCUCUUGGCACAGUGUCCAUUCAGCCAAUUAUCCUUUGGUCAAAUGUCUGUUGGCCAAGUGUCAGUCAUCUGUCUGGCCACUGUAUCACCCUAACUUGGUUUGGGACAGCUAGUGUAACACCCAAAAAUGGUAAAACUUCAAUAUUUACACGUUUACAAUACUUUUUACACUCAGAAACCUACUUGUGUAACAGAUACACCAAGACAUACAGUACUAGUUUAUUUACAGUGUUUAUAGAGAUCAGACUAUCAGUCUAUUCAAAUUUGUUUUACUAAGUACAGUAUUUACAGAUUAAUCCAUACCUGGAGUUUACCUGGAGAGAGUUCCGGGGGUCAACGCCCCCGCGGCCCGGUCUGUGACCAGGCCUCAUAAUUAAUAGGGAUUAAUUUGAGUGUUUUUAGGGAUUAAUUUGAGUGUUUUUAGGGAUUAAUCCAUAGAAUUAAUAGUAAUUUGUAUACUUUACAGUUUUUAAGGAAUUAGUCUAUACAGCCUCACUUCACUUAACGAUGGAGUUCCAGUCCUAAGACCACAUCAGUAAACAAAUUCAUCGCUAAACAAGGAGCAUACUAUAAUGGUGGUGGGUUUGUGUCAACCAUCUUCGAUAUUGUUUUAAUGUCACCUUUGUACCAUUUAUAAUAUUUAUAAUAUAUUUUUAAAUGUUUAUACAGUAGUGUACUGUAUAUUGUAAUAAACAGAAUAGAGGAAAUCAGCUCUAAUAUACAUUAUUAAGGUAUUCAACUGGUCAGAGAGCCUGUCGUAAGUCCAAGUCAUCAGUAAACAAGUACAGUGGACCCCCGGUUUACAAUCAUCUCCCAAUGCGACCAAUUAUGUAAGUGCAUUUGUAUGUGUAUGUUUGGGGGUCUGAAAUGGACUAAUCUAAUUCACAAUAUUCCUUAUGGAAACAAAUUCGGUCAGUACUGGCACCUGAACAUACUUCUGGAAUGAAAUAAUAUCGUAAACUGGGGGUCCACUACAUACAUCACUAAGUGAGGAGAUGCUGUAUAUUGUUGAGAUAUUUUUUUCAAAGCUGGAAAGUUUAGAUUCUAGCAGUAUCCAAAACAAGGCAUAUCUGGUUUAUAACUAAGGUAUCAGUUGAGAGAAUGAUAUUAAAAUGAGCAUCUACUGUAUGAUUGGAUUUUUUAUUUCUAAUAAAAUAAGAUUUUGC